CAAAAUGGAGGCAAUUUUAAAAUAUUUGACCAUUGUUUUUUUCUUUACUUUUAUUUAAGGGUAUUCCAGGAGCAAUUUUAAUGCUUUUUCUUUACCUUGUGAUGUGAAAGAGAUUCCUUAAUAUAUUUUUAAUGAAAAAUCCCAGAUGAAGCACUGAAUUAUGUACCAGGAAAUCCUUAAGUGUCCUGCAAGAUUUUUCCAGACGUUCAUUUAAUUAGGAAACCCGUCAACAACAUGCUGUGUUCUGCAGUUAUAAAAGAAAUAGUAACACAAGGAACAGAAACGUUGAUCACAUGCAAGAAUCCAGAUUGUUCUUCUAAGAACGACAUCAAAGGGGAAUUCGAUUCAGAAAUCCUUAUUUCACACACUGAAUUCCCAGAAUUCCAUAAAUUAAUCUUCGUUGAGGCAUUGAAGGAAGAGGAACUGGAAGCAAAGAUUGAGAUUACUCCAGAAGUAGCUGAGAACUAUGAAGAACACGUGGAAGCCAUUGAAGGAGCUGACAUCAAGGAUGAGUCGAGUAGUAUUGGAUCCUUCAAGGAUUCAAAGACAGACAAGGCGAUAGUGGAUUUAAUCCCAAAAAGAUGGUCCCGUACUCUUGGUCCACCACCCUAUAAAUGCCCAAAAUGUGAGAAAGUCCUUAAAACCCGUUCAUCGUAUAAAUCUCACGUAAGGAUGCAUCAGAGGAAGUAUAGUUGUGAAGUAUGUUCCAAAGGAUUCAAUGAUGGAGAGAAGCUGAAGAAGCAUCUACUGAAACACACCGGAGAGAAAAUCUACCAAUGCAGCCACUGCACAAAGUCCUACAGUCAGUUGCAUAAGUUAAAGGAACAUGUUGUAACGCACAUAAAGGACAGACCGAGGCCUUUUGGAUGCGAUAAAUGCCCAAAGGCAUUCAGUUCAAAGUGUGGCCUUAAAUCUCAUAGUCUCUGCCACACAACAGCAAGACCCUAUGUCUGUGAAUUUUGCGGCAUGGCCUUUGGGAGGACAAUAUCCCUUAAGGAUCAUCUCCGUACCCAUUCAGAUGAGAAGCCCUUCAAAUGUGAUCAAUGCACAAAAUCCUUCCGUACAAAGGGAAUUCUUCGACAUCAUUUGCGAACACACACAGAUGUUAAGGCGUACGUUUGUGAUAUCUGCGGGAAGGCUCUCAAGGGGAAGUCUAGCUUGAAUUUGCACAAAAAAGGACAUCGUUUGGACAGGGAGAUGUUCCAAUGUUCAAUGUGUGAUAAGCAGUAUACGUCCAAAGGGCAACGAAAUCGUCACAUAAUGACGCAUUUGGAUAUAAAAAAUUACAAAUGUGAUUACUGCGACAGCGCCUUUGUCCGCAAGGAACACGCUGUAAGGCACAUGGCUCUACAUUCCAAGUAUGGGGAUCACAAGUUUGUUCGGAGUAGUCGAGAAAAGCCAAGUGGGAGGCAAACGACAUCGCAGCUUUCCACAAAGUAAUUUAUGGAAUUAAAGGAUCCUGUCAUUAUGUACAUUUUGUUCAACAAAAAGUAACUUUGCUUCACGUAAUAGAGGUUAUACCAUCCUCUUGGUUUUUUUACACAUGUUAUAAAAAGCUAUGAAAACCGCAUAGUUCUUCAUGAGGAAACUUUACCUGCGAGGAGUUACCCAAAUGACACUUUAGCCGUAUACCUGCUUAAUCCCUUAUGACCCUUACUUACUCAAACUACACGAAUUUUUGAAGUUACUCAAAUAACACGGCCCCUGAGGAAGGUACGGAUAAGCCUUGAAAGCUUUGGGAAGUAAGCGUAAUUUAUUGGACGAAACAUUUUCUCCUUGACGAUGACCGGAAAAUCAGGAAAAUUAAAGAUCUUAAGAGGG